AUGUCAGCACAUCGUUCACAUGAUCAUUGGGGGGACCAAUAUCCCCAGGGACCCGUGAUCAAACGGGUAAAAGUUUCUGCCGCAACGGAAGGGUCAAUUCGGGGCCGCAUACCCGAAGACAUCCUUGCAUUUAGCGAGGAAGAUUUCGAGACCUCGACUCGACUGCAUAACGAUGCGCUGGUAAUUUCUUUUCUCUUGAAUAACACUCAAAUUAAAUGUGUACUUAUGGAUCUAGGUAGCUCGACCAACAUAAUCAGGUCGAAGGUGGUAGAGCAUCUCGGACUGCUCGAUCAGAUUAUACCUACCUCCCGAGUCCUCAAAGGCUUCAACAUGGCCGGCGAAGCUACGAAGGGGGAGAUCACCCUCCCGGUCAACGUGUCCGAGGUAGUUCAGGAUGCCAAAUUCCAUGUCAUCGACGAUGACAUAAGGUACAACGCAUUGCUUAAGAGGUUAUGGAUACACAACAUGAGGGUAGUAUUGUCAACUCUGCAUCAGAUGAUGAAAUUUCCAGCGAAGGACGGUAUAAAAACAGUAUAUGGUGAAUAG